AUGUCUGUAGCGCGUCUUUCCACCUCUGCUCUGAGGACUUCCCUCAGAGCCUCCCCUUUCAAGGUCUCGGCUUUCAACGCUGCCCGUUGCUACUCUUCCAAGAACCAGACCUUGAAGGAGCGCUUCGCUGAGCUUCUCCCCGAGAAGAUUGAGGAGGUCAAGGCUCUGAGAAAAGAGCAUGGCUCCAAGGUCAUCGACAAGGUCACCCUUGACCAGGUCUACGGUGGUGCCCGUGGCAUCAAGUGCCUCGUCUGGGAGGGUUCCGUCCUCGACGCCGAGGAGGGUAUCCGUUUCCGCGGCAAGACCAUUCCCGAGUGCCAGGAGCUCCUCCCCAAGGCUCCCGGUGGCAAGGAGCCCCUUCCUGAGGGUCUCUUCUGGCUUCUCCUGACUGGCGAGGUCCCUACCGAGCAGCAGGUCCGCGACCUGUCCGCCGAGUGGGCCGCCCGCUCCGACAUCCCCAAGUUCGUUGAGGAGCUGAUCGACCACUGCCCUACCGACCUUCACCCCAUGGCUCAGUUCUCCCUGGCCGUUACCGCCCUCGAGCACACCUCUUCGUUCGCCAAGGCCUACGCCAAGGGUGUCAACAAGAAGGACUACUGGGGAUACACCUUUGAGGACUCCAUGGAUCUGAUUGCCAAGCUGCCCACCAUUGCCGCUCGCAUCUACCAGAACGUCUUCAAGGGCGGCAAGGUCGCCGCUGUUGAGAAGGACAAGGAUUACUCCUUCAACUUCGCAAACCAGCUCGGCUUCGGCAGCAACACCGACUUCGUCGAGCUGCUCCGUCUCUACCUCACCAUCCACACUGACCACGAGGGUGGCAACGUCUCUGCCCACACCACCCACUUGGUCGGCAGUGCUCUGUCCUCCCCCUUCCUUUCCGUUGCUGCUGGUCUCAACGGUCUGGCCGGUCCUCUCCACGGUCUUGCCAACCAGGAGGUUCUCAACUGGCUCACUGAGAUGAAGAAGUCCGUUGGCGACGACCUCAGCGACAAGGCCAUCACGGACUACCUCUGGUCCACCCUGAACGCCGGCCGUGUCGUUCCCGGUUACGGCCACGCCGUCCUCCGCAAGACUGACCCCCGUUACUCUGCUCAGCGCAAGUUCGCCCAGGAGAAGAUGCCCAACGACCCCAUGUUCCAGCUCGUCUCCCAGGUCUACAAGAUCGCCCCCGAGGUCCUCACCCAGCACGGCAAGACCAAGAACCCCUACCCCAACGUCGACGCCCACUCCGGUGUCCUUCUCCAGUACUACGGUCUUACCGAGGCCAACUACUACACCGUUCUCUUCGGUGUUUCCCGCGCCAUCGGUGUCCUUCCCCAGCUCAUCAUCGACCGCGCCCUCGGUGCCCCCAUCGAGCGCCCCAAGUCCUUCUCCACUGCCAAGUGGGCCGAGCUUGUCAAGAAGAUCUAA